UUAGUUGAGUCGCAAGCAUUUGGCGAAGCGGUCUACGAAGCAAAAUGUCCAGAGGCGGUGCUAUCGACUUGACCGGCCUAUCCGAGGAGCAGGUGAGCGAGUGGCUCCAAAGUUUCGACACGGUUCUCUGCGACGGCGACGGCACCAUAUGGCAGGAUGACACGGCCAUCGCUGGUGCUCCGGAUGUGGUGAAUGCCCUGCAGGAUCGAUUUGACAAAAAAGUUUACCUGAUUACCAACAAUGGCCUAAAGACGCGACAGGAGCUCUUUGAGCGCUCCCAGCGCCUUGGCUUCCAUUUACCCAGCGACCGACACAUCAUUUCGCCCACGGCGGCCAUCGCCGACUAUCUGGUUGGGAGUCCGAAGUUCGACAGGACCCGGCACAAGGUCUAUGUGGUGGGCAAUGCGGCCAUUGCGCGGGAAUUAAGGCAGCGCGGAAUCGACAGCUACGGAGCCGGCGGAACAGAUGAACUGCCUCCGGGCGACAAAUGGCCGGACUUUGUGACACGCGAGUUUGGGAACCCAGAGGCGGCGAAGGACGUGGGUGCCGUGGUGGUCGGCUGGGAUGAGUACUUUAGCUACUGCAAGAUGGCGCGCGCCUGUCACAUCCUCUGCAGUAAUCCCGACGCCGCCUUUUUGGUCACCAACCGGGAUGCCGUGCACAAGUAUCCAUCCUUUUGUAUCCCCGGCACUGGGGCCUUUGUGGCCGGAAUCGAGGCAUGUUCGGAGCGUGAAGCCCUCGAGAUGGGCAAGCCAAAUCCAUUGGUCCUUGAGCCCUUUAUCAAGGCCGAGGGACUACGUACCGAGCGAACGCUUAUGAUUGGUGACUGCCUCAAAAUAGAUGUCGGUUUCGCCAGCAAUUGUGGCAUGCUAUCGCUUCUGGUGGGCACGGGUCGUUACAAUAAUCUCUCGGAUGUCCGGCUGGAAAAAGACAGGCUGCCCCAGCCAGACUUUUAUCUGCCCCGUCUGGGCGAUCUGCUGAACAUUUUGUGAGCCAUAAAUCCAUGGGACUCUCGCGCAGCAAUCUACUCGUUAUCAACUUCUUAAUUCGACUUUUAUUUGGCCUUAGUUGAUGUGUUUACACAUAGUUGUACAUAUUGUAUCUGCCGGCAAGUACAAUAACAUUCUCUGAUGGAUACUUUUUUUACAUAUAUAGAGUGGUUGAGAAAUUGCUGGGUCUGAAAGUUAUCCAUGAACAAAACUAGCUAAUAAAUUUUGGAAAGACGACAAUGCAUAUUGCACAAAUAAAUCACUAACCAUUUGCGAAUAUUCAUUUUUAUGUCCGUCCCCAAAUAAUUUUCAGGCCCAAUAACUUUUCUUUGAAUUAACAAUAUAGGCUGAGUGACUUAUUAAAAUACUAGCUUAACCUUCUAUUACUUGCCGGGUCAGAAAAGCAGAGACGGCAAUUUCUUACUCGUUCCUAUAUCUUGGUGAUCCCAUGUAAAAGUUGUAAUUUGCAAUGAACUAAACAAAUUGCUUAAAUAAGUGCAAGUUCCUUGUGCUGUGACUUGCAAAUCAAUUAUCAAUCAACGUUAACUAUUUAAGACACACACAUAAUCGAAACUAUACAACUUAUUGGUUAGCUGUACAACAAAUUUACAGGACACCCAUCGAUGUGAGCUGCUAAUUGUCAAAACAAAGCAAGCAAGUAUCACAGAAGUUAUAUUUUUGGCGGUUUGCUUCCGUGUAAAAUUGAAACAAUCAAACACCUGUUUUCGAAAGUUUUUUACGAUAUUUUGACUGUUGAAGCACGACAUUUUCGUGAGUGUCCGUUUUAACAAGUCCUCUGAUAUGUUAGAGUUGAGUUCUGUUUUCUGUACUUUAGCAAUUUAGCGCGAAAAGAAAUCCCAUAAAGCGGUGUCACAUUUGGUAGCAAAUCAGAAUAAGAGCGUAACUGAAUCUGAAAAGUUAAACCCAUCCCCUGCUUUUCCCAAUCCCCCAACUGAUUUUCCCCCCACGCCUUGUCUUAAGCUGAUUUUAAACGAUGCAUGUGCAAAGAUUUUAUAGAAUCGCAGUGUUUAAAUUCCGCGACUCUGCGUAUGCAUCGCUUUCCAUCAGCUUUAGUUGUAAGUUUGCCGCCGGCGAUCGCUUAAUGAUUUCUUCGAGGACCCUGUCUAAAUUGCUAAAAGGUAACAUCAGGUGCUCGCAUCCGGCGUGUUGGCC